AUGGUCGAGGACGGUUAUGGUGAUGAUGACGGUCCAUCAGUCUAUAAGGAUGGUCCCAGUUAUGGCUGCAAACGGUGGUCAAUGUUUACCUGUUGUGUUUUGGGCAUUGUWUCAACAUUUAUCAUACUAGUAGUGAUGUCCAUAAGCUAUCAAUACAACUAUGAUUAUGUUAGCAAUACGUUCAACUAUCGGGAAGUACCUAAUUUGAAGGAAACAACAAUAGCAUUGUUGGCAACGUUUGGCACACUAUGUAUAUUAUGUUCAUUUCUGGGUCUAUUYGGUGCCUGCAAUGAAUCCUACUGUCUGUCCCUGUCGUGCGGUAUUUUGAUGGCCUUCCUAUCGCUGGGAACGUUAGCCGUUGCCAUAUUUAUGCCCRUUUGUUGGCUAACAUUCAUACUAAACGUAUUGAUUGUUUUGUCAUCAUUUUUGUUUGCCAGYGAUUUGAAUCAAUAUAGAUAG